GGGUGUUGCGAGCGUUGCGGCGCCGAGCAAAAUGGCGAAGAAGAAGGAUGGUGAGAAGAGCCUACAUAACAGCGAAGGAAAUAAGCAGGACAAGAGCGAAAGUAACGACGAGGAACCGAAUUUUAGUGAUCCUGAGGGUUUUGUUGACAAUAUUUCAGAUGAAGAACUCCUUGGGGACCUCCUUAAACAGAAACCUCGUGAAACUGAUGGUGUUGAAUCAGUAAUUGUUGUUGAUGGUGUACCUCAGGUUGGACCUGAACGUCUAGAGAAGCUGACAACAGUAAUUAACAAGAUAUUUUCAAAGUUUGGUACUAUUGUUAAUGAGUAUUACCCCACAAAUGAAAAUGGACAAACCAAAGGAUACAUAUUUUUGGAAUAUAGCAGCCCUAAACAUGCUCAGGAAGCUGUAAAGUUGGCAAAUAAUCAUAAGCUUGAUCGGCAGCAUACAUUUCUCGUGAACCUCUUCACGGACUUUAAAAAGCAUGAAGACGUACCAGAUGAGUGGGAGCCGCCUCAGCCACAGCCAUACGUAGAUCAGGGUAACCUUCAUUACUACAUGCUUGAUCCUGAUGCAUAUGAUCAGUACUGUACUGUGACAGGUGGGGGCAGUACUGUUCAGAUAUGGCAGAACACUUCUCCAGACCCAACAAACUUGGAAGAAAGAGCGAGAUGGUCAGAGACGUAUGUUCGGUGGUCACCUCUCGGCUCGUAUCUUGCUACAUUCCACAAGAAAGGCGUUGCUCUGUGGGGUGGACCUAAGUUUAACCAGAAAAUGAGAUUCACUUAUCCCGGUGUACAGUUUAUUGAUUUCUCACCAUGUGAAAAGUAUUUGGUGACGUACUCCCCACAUGCCGAUGAUCACCCAAAUGAUACAAAAAGACUCAUUAUCUGGGAUGUUCGUACUGGCAUUGAGAAACGAAACUUCUCUUCGGAUGGACCGGCAAUCUGGCCCAUCUUCCGCUGGUCACAGGAUGAUCGGUUCUUUGCCCGCAUUGGAACAGAUGUUCUCAGUGUUUAUGAGACACCAUCUUUUGGUUUGCUUGACAAGAAGAGUGUCAAGAUCCCGGGGAUCCGCGAUUUCAGUUGGUCACCAACUGAUAAUGUAUUGGCAUACUGGGUUGCUGAGGAUAAGGAUGUGCCUGCUAGAGUAACCCUGCUGGAAAUACCCAGUCGUAUUGAAAUCCGAGCCAAGAAUUUGUUCAGUGUAGCAGAUUGCAAGAUGCAUUGGCAGAAGUCGGGGGAUUACUUGUGUGUGAAUGUCAAUCGAUACAGCAAGAUCAUCCGGAAAGAAAAGAAUGAGGUCAAAUACAGUGGCAUGUAUUACAACUUUGAGAUUUUCCACAUGCGUGAAAAACAGAUCCCAGUGGAUAGUGUGGAAAUAAAAGAGGCCAUCCAUGCGUUUGCCUGGGAGCCUGUUGGUUUCAAGUUUGCUAUUAUACAUGGCGAAGGCCCAAAUAUUAGUGUCAGUUUCUAUGGAGUCACGACAGGCCAGACACCAACCCUCCUCAGGCGAUUCGAGAAGAAAGCCUGCAACUCACUGUUUUGGUCACCAUCUGGUCAGUUUAUUGUAUUGGCUGGCUUGCAUAAUCUUCAAGGUACAUUGGAGUUUGUGGACACGAAUGAUUUCAGCAUCAUGAAUUCAACAGAACAUUUUUCAUGCUCUGAUGUUGAGUGGGAUCCUACUGGUCGGUAUGUGGUCACUGUAGUCUCCUGCUGGAAAGCAAAGGUUGAUACAGGUUUUUGGAUCUGGUCGUUCCAAGGGAAGAUCUUGAAACGAUUUAAUAGUGAAUCAUUUUGUGCACUUCAAUGGAGGCCUCGCCUUCAAUCAUUGCUUAGCCAAAAACAGCAGCAAGAAAUUCGGAAGAAUUUAAAGAAAUAUAGUGCCCAGUUUGAAAGCAAGGACCGCAUGCGUCUGUCUAGGGCAUCAAAAGAAUUGAUUGAGAAGCGUGCGAAGCUGAUGAAGGAAUUCCAAGAAUACCGGGCAAAGCGUCUAGAACAAUGGCAUAAAGAGAAGACACGUCGUCUUGAAUUACGUAACAACAUUGACACAGAUGAGCUGGAUUCAGACACAAAGAAUGUUGAAGAGGAAGUGGUUGAAUUUUUCAUCAAGGAAGAGGUAACAGUUAUUUCGUAGGAAAUGUGUGGUAGCGUUAUUCAACUUGUUCUUGGAAAUCUCUGCAGUUAUUUCAUAGGAGAAUAAAUAAGGACAUCAGAUAUAAUUACUGUUAUUAAUAAACUUUAAACUGAUUCUUCAGUGUAUAUUACUACCCUUUAAGAGCCUAGCAACACCGUAUGGAGACCUUUUGUGCCGAGUAGCCGUGCGACACCGUAUGGGUACGCACAGUCCAUGCGUGCGCACAGUGUUUUAAAAUCUAAUUUUAAGAUAGAAAUUCUU